UGCGCGGAGCGGGGCUGGUGCUCGCCGCCUGCGCCCGGAGGGGCGCGCUCCGGACCGGCGCAGCUCGCUCCGCGUCCCUCUCCUCCCGGCUCCCGCCUGCGGUCGCGGGCCGCGCCAUGGGGAAUGUGCCAUCUGCGGUGAAGCACUGCCUCAGCUACCAGCAGCUUCUCCGGGAGCAUCUCUGGAUCGGGGAUUCAGUGGCUGGGGCGCUCGACACUGCGCAGGAAACAUCUCAGUUAUCUGGACUCCCUGAGUAUGUUAAAAUAGUAGAAGUUGGACCUAGGGAUGGAUUACAGAAUGAAAAGGUUAUAGUUCCUACAGAUAUAAAAAUUGAAUUUAUCAAUCAACUUUCCCAAACUGGCUUGUCUGUAAUAGAAGUGACCAGCUUUGUGUCCUCCAAAUGGGUACCACAGAUGGCUGAUCACACUGAAGUGAUGAAAGGCAUUCAUCAAUACCCAGGAGUUCGGUAUCCUGUCCUUACUCCUAAUCUUCAGGGUUUUCACCGUGCUGUUGCUGCUGGAGCUACUGAGAUAUCAGUUUUUGGUGCUGCAUCUGAAUCCUUCAGCAAGAGGAAUAUUAACUGUUCUAUUGAAGAAAGUAUGGAGAAAUUUGAGGAGGUCGUUAAGUCUGCAAGGCACAUGAAUAUUCCAGCACGAGGGUAUGUGUCUUGUGCCCUGGGCUGUCCAUACGAAGGAAACAUCACACCACAAAAAGUGACAGAAGUAUCUAAGAAACUGUAUGGCAUGGGCUGUUAUGAGAUUUCUCUCGGAGACACCACUGGAGUGGGAACUCCAGGAAGCAUGAAGAGAAUGUUGGAGAGUGUCAUGAAGGAAAUCCCAUCUAGUGCUCUUGCUGUUCAUUGCCAUGACACAUAUGGACAAGCCUUAGCAAAUAUCCUUACGGCCCUUCAGCCAAAGGACAUAAUGUUCCUGGAAGAAUCCAUGGCUUACAAUUGGAACUAUGACUUAAAAAAAGAGUUGAGUGUAUAUAUAUAUAUAUAUAUAUAUAUAUAUAUAUAUAUAUAUAUAGAGAGAGAGAGAGAGAGAGAGAGAGAGAGAAGCAUGAUUUACAGUAUAAUAAACAUGUUCUCUUAAUGUUAAAAAUGUAUUUUUAAUUGUUAUGUAUUUUAUCACUGGAAGAAUAUAUUAGAAGCACAAAAUAUGUUCUUUGAUUCAUCUAACACUUAUAGACUGCCUGUCUACCAUGUGCAAACCUGUGCUAUAAAUGUAUGACAUUUGGCAGGUGUAAUAUUAGCACCCUGAAUGACAUUUUAUUGAAACUUUAUAGGAAGCUCUUAAGCAUCUCUCAUUUCCUUUAUAGUUAGGAGAGUAACCAUGUACUCUAUCCUUCCUCUUUUUUAAAAAAGAGUAUCUUUCUUUACUCUCCAAGUAAGACUUCAAAGGGGAAUAUUUUAACAAUUCACUUUUCAAAUAUGACAAGUGAGACCCAUAGAAGUAAAGUAACACUUCCAAAGUCAAAUACCUAAUUACUGAAGAACUAAAAGCAAAACCAAAGGCCAUGUAUAUCAUGUUCCCCUAAACCUUGUCUGGUGUGAAACAAUGUUUAUAAAUAUGUGGUUGAUAGAAGGAACAAAAACUUGGGUAAAAUUAAUUUUGAGUGUUUUCUGACUUCAAUUGUCAUUUGUCUCUGGUAAAGUGAAAAUGAGUUCUUUGUGUACAUAAAUAAUUCACCUUUGAGUUAAAAUCAACUUGAAAGUCAUAUUUUUGGUUUUUACAUAUAUUGCAAUAAGCAACUAGCACAUUUUGCAUAGAUAACUAUAUAGUGCUGUAAUUCAUUUUGUAUAAAGUUUUGGAUUUCUCUUAUACUUAGUGAGAUAUGAUGAUUGGAAGAAUUCCACCUCUGUAAAAUUUCAAAUACAGCUUUAGAGAAACAUGCAUGCAUUUGUUAGAUGGCUUACAAACUUUUGAUAUAAAUUCCUUCUGGACAUGUGAGAUGAUGUGAGUAAUUGAUACAAGACUAGGCACUGGCCUGAAAUACUGAGCAAGAACACACAUAUUUCUAUUAAGAAAUAUAAUAGUACUUACAGAUGUCUUAUGGACAUUAGCUGUAAAGAAGAUUCUGAGAGUUCUAAAUUACACAUGAAUUAUGUGAUAUGGCUGAAAUAUAUGUACACACAUUCCCACCAAUAGCUCCGUAUAGACAUGCAGAUCUAUAUGUAUAUACAGCUACCUUAAAAAUAUUCAAUAAUGUAGCGUUUGACUGAAAGUUAAAAAGUAUUUGUGUGCGUACAUAUCAUGAUCUUCAAAAACCCAUUCUACUAACCAUCUAGGUUUAUAAUACUGCAUCUAGCCUUUAUCUUUGCCCCCAUAGUGAGUUGUACGUACAUGGAAACCACUUAAUAUGUUUAAAUAAAUAGUAAAUGAAUGGUAUUUUGGAUACUUCUACAAAAUUCUGCUACAUAGUGGAAGGAAUUGAGUGAAUGUAAAAUGUCAAUAAACAGGAAACUGUCAUUAACAAGUUCA